UGCUCGCCUCCAGCCGAGCCAGCCGGGCAGCGGGGCUGGGCGGCGCUGGGCUGGGCUGGGCUGGGCUGGCCGGGCCGAGGGGCCGCGGGGACCGCCCGCCACCCACCAGCCGGGAUGGAGCCCAGCGGAGGCGGCCGGGAAGAAGGCGGCGGCGGGCGAGCCUCCUCCCCGCCGGGGCUCCGCGCUCAGCGUCUCUUAUGGGCCUGACCGCUGACCAGCAAAUGCCAUGGAAUUUUGUGCUAAGAAAAACCCCACAGAGGAAGAACGGCGAGUGAAGGCCAACUCUCGAGACUACAACGAAAAAUUUCAGUACGCGAGUAACUGCAUCAAGACGUCAAAAUACAACGUGCUCACUUUCUUGCCCAUCAACCUGUUUGAACAGUUCCAGGAAGUUGCAAAUACUUAUUUUUUCUUCCUCCUCAUUCUCCAGCUGAUCCCCCAGAUCUCCUCGCUCUCUUGGUUCACCACCAUCGUGCCUUUAGUCCUCGUGUUGACCAUCACGGCGGUCAAGGAUGCUACCGACGACUACUUUCGCCACAAGAGUGAUAAACAGGUGAACAGCCGGCAUUCCCAAGUACUCAUCGACGGGAUCCUCCAGAAGGAGCAAUGGAUGAAUGUUUGCGUUGGUGACAUCAUAAAAUUAGAAAACAACCAGUUUGUUGCGGCUGAUCUGCUUCUGUUGUCCAGCAGCGAACCACACGGACUUUGCUACAUCGAAACAGCCGAGUUGGACGGGGAGAGCAAUAUGAAAGUCCGACAGGCGAUCCCGGUCACGUCCGAGCUGAUUAACACCAACAACCUCGCGCACUUCGAUGGAGAGGUUGUUUGCGAACCCCCUAAUAAUAAACUCGACAAAUUCGGCGGGACCCUGUACUGGAAAGACAACAAAUAUUCCCUCAGCAAUCAAAACAUGUUGUUGCGAGGUUGCGUCCUUCGUAAUACGGAGUGGUGCUUCGGCCUGGUCAUCUUCGCAGGGCCGGACACCAAAUUAAUGCAAAACAGCGGCCGAACGAAAUUCAAGAGGACCAGCAUUGACCGUUUGAUGAACACUUUGGUGCUUUGGAUUUUCGGGUUCCUGGUCUGCAUGGGGGUGAUCCUGGCCAUCGGCAACUCCAUUUGGGAAUACGAAGUGGGAGUCUGCUUCCAGAUUUACUUGCCGUGGGACAAAGUGGUGGACAAUGCCUUCUUGUCCGGGUUCCUGGCCUUCUGGUCUUACAUCAUCAUCCUCAACACCGUCGUUCCCAUCUCUCUCUACGUCAGCGUGGAGGUGAUCCGUUUGGGCCACAGCUACUUCAUCAACUGGGACAAGAAAAUGUAUUGCGCUAAACGGUGCACGCCAGCCGAGGCCCGGACCACGACGCUAAACGAGGAGUUAGGCCAGGUGGAAUAUAUAUUUUCGGACAAAACGGGGACCCUCACCCAAAACAUCAUGGUCUUCAGCAAGUGCUCCAUCAAUGGACGCAGCUACGGAGAUGCACUGGAUGAUCUGGGAUACAAGGCUGAGCUCGGAAAGAAAACGGAUCCAGUGGAUUUUUCCUUCAACUCGCUGGCCGAUCCCUCGUUCACCUUCUGGGACACGGGACUUUUGGAAGCGGUCAAGCUGGGGGACCUCCACGUCCAUGAGUUUUUCCGGCUCCUCUCCCUCUGCCACACCGUCAUGUCUGAAGAAAAGCUCCCAGGAGAAUUGUACUACAAAGCCCAGUCCCCUGAUGAGGGAGCCUUGGUGACCGCCGCUCGCAAUUUUGGCUUUGUUUUCCGUGGACGCACCCCGAAAACGAUCACGGUGCAGGAGCUGGGACGGCCCGUCACUUACCAACUUCUGGCCAUUUUGGACUUCAACAACGUGCGCAAACGAAUGUCGGUCAUUGUGAGGAAUCCCGAGGGGCAGAUCCGCCUAUACUCCAAAGGGGCCGACAUUAUUCUUCUGGAUCGGCUUUUUCCCGGCAACCAAGAACUUUACAACGUCACCACCGACCAUCUCAACGAAUACGCGGGCGAGGGUCUCCGGACAUUGGUGUUGGCCUAUCGGGACCUGGAAGAGAAAUAUUACGCCGGCUGGGCCGAGCGGCUGGAGGAAGCCUCGCUUAACGGCGAGGGUCGCGAAGAGCGUAUCGCUCGGCUGUACGAGGAGGUGGAAAACGACCUGGUGCUGCUGGGAGCCACGGCCAUCGAGGAUAAACUGCAGCAGGGAGUUCCAGAGACCCUCGCUCUUCUCAGCUUGGCCAACAUUAAGAUUUGGGUCUUGACGGGGGACAAACAAGAGACGGCCGUCAACAUCGGCUACUCCUGCAAGAUGCUGACGGAUGAAAUGACGGAGGUCUUUCUCAUCUCUGGACACACCGUCUUCGAGGUUCGGCAAGAGCUGCGGAAGGCUCGAGAGAAGUUGAUGGAGGCCUCGCGGUCGAUGGGCAACGGGUUCGCCUUCCAGGAGAAGCUCUCCGCCUCCAAGCUCACAUCCGUCCUGGAGGCCGUGGCCGGAGAAUACGCCUUGGUCAUCAACGGACACAGCCUGGCCCACGCGCUGGAGGCCGACAUGGAGAGGGAGUUUCUGGAGACGGCCUGCGCUUGUAAGGCGGUCAUCUGUUGCCGCGUCACUCCGCUGCAGAAGGCCCAAGUGGUAGAACUGGUCAAGAAGUACAAGAAGGCUGUGACGUUAGCCAUCGGAGACGGGGCGAACGACGUCAGCAUGAUCAAGGCCGCCCACAUCGGCGUGGGCAUCAGCGGCCAGGAGGGCAUCCAAGCCGUGUUGGCGUCCGACUACUCCUUCUCCCAGUUCAAGUUCCUGCAGCGCCUGCUCCUCGUUCACGGCCGCUGGUCGUAUCUCCGAAUGUGUAAAUUCCUCUGUUACUUCUUCUACAAGAACUUUGCCUUUACCAUGGUGCAUUUUUGGUUCGGCUUCUUCUGCGGCUUCUCCGCCCAGACCGUGUACGAUCAGUACUUCAUCACUCUCUACAACAUUGUUUACACCUCAUUGCCCGUCCUCGCAAUGGGGGUCUUUGAUCAGGAUGUGCCCGAACACCGCAGCCUGGAGUACCCCAAACUCUACGAACCGGGGCAGCUGAACCUCCUUUUCAACAAGCGCGAGUUCUUCAUCUGCAUCGCUCAGGGCAUCUACGCCUCCAUCUUCAUGUUCUUCAUCCCUUACGGGGUCUUCAGCGACAACGCCCACCUGGUCGACUACCAGUCCUUUGCCGUCACGGUGGCCACGUCUCUCGUCAUCGUGGUUAGCGUCCAAAUUGGUUUGGAUACGGGAUUCUGGACGGCCAUCAACCAUUUUUUCAUCUGGGGCAGCCUGGCGGUUUAUUUUGCCAUCCUCUUCGUCAUGCAUAGCAACGGCCUUUUCCAGCUCUUCCCCAACCAGUUCCGUUUUGUCGGCAAUGCCCAGAACACGCUGGCCCAACCUGCAGUGUGGCUCACUAUCGCCCUGACCACUGUGGUCUGCAUCGUGCCAGUCAUUGCCUUCCGGUUCCUCAAGUUGGAUCUCCGGCCAGAACUCUCGGACACGGUCCGUUACACCCAGUUGGUUCGCAAGAAACAAAAAACCCAACACCGUUGCAUGGGCCGCGUGGGGCGUACGGGUUCCCGACGCUCUGGCUACGCUUUCUCCCACCAGGAAGGUUUCGGUGAACUCAUCACUUCCGGCAAAAACAUGCGGCUCAGCUCGCUGGCCCUUUCCAGUUUCAGCAGCCGCCCCAGCACCAGCUGGAUCGAGACGCUGCGGAAGAAGAAAAACAGCGGCGGGGGCGAGCCCAGCGUGCCGGAAAAGAUGUUGAAAGUAUGACACAACGCGAGGGCAGGAUUGUAGACGGUGGAUGGACCCAUGUGCUAAAGAUCUCGUUCCGGCCAUGAGGAUGUGAGAAGGGGAGCUCACCAAAUGGGAGCAGAUCGGCUGUCGCCGAGAACUCAAAACCGUGGCGUGAAGUCUAAAGCUAUUGCCAUGUAACCAAACCACAUAGCCCGCCCGCACCCCCACCACCAAUUCAAGCUGCCCGUGUAUUUGAGGUAGCUCGCUCUAGCUGGUCGGCGAACGUGGGACGUUUAAGUGUUCCUCUCCUUGGACAGGAAACCUUUUGAGCGUUUACGCUCUGUUUUUGAACCCAGGGAUAGCUUCUCAUUCGAGUAACGUUUUCUCCAAAGUAUGUAUGAAUCAAGAGAAUUGGGGGUGUAAGAUGGGGGCUGGGACUGGGGGGAAACGUAGGACCCCCUACUACUACAACCCAUUUUUUUAGCCUUGGGAUAAAGAGAGAGGGGGGAAAAAUAAUCUCGCAAACGCAUCUCGUUUACAAAUGAGGGAGGAUUUUUCCUACUCCAGCUUGGCAUUUAAAAGGAACUGGGGUCAAACGUUGAGGGUUGCCAACUCCCCGAAGCGGCCACGAGGCCCGCCUUACCACGAAAGCAUUUGGCGUCUGAUACUCAGGUUGAAGAAAAGACUCGCUCCACGGCGGCGGCCAAAUCUCGGCACCGCGUGGAAACACGGCUCUUUUCGGUUUAAAGACAAGAGGACCGAGUGCUUUCGGACUUACAAGAGGGGUGCCCCACCCCAAAUCUUCCAAGAAGAAUUCAGGAUUUGCACCACGUCUUUCUGGGCGACCCUCGGAGGCUUUGGAUCUCGCUUUCUCCCGGGGAGAAAGUAAAGAGAUUUUAUUUUUUUAUCAUGUCGGACUUUUCAAUUGCAAAGAGUUCCUUCCUUGUCUUUCUGGGCCCCGUACUCUGAGGGUCCUGCAACUCAUUUCCCGUAUCCCAGGAGUUUGUGGAAAACAGGGACCACCGAAUCAGGGCAGAGUAAACUAAGAGUAACGUUGGGAAGAGUCCCGGUUGCAAAAAUUCCUCGUUUCUUCCCGCGGCCAAACUCGUUGAGAUCCAUACAGCUUCCACUUCCUUUCAAAGAAACAAUUCAACUUCUUGGGAUCCCUCUCGGUCUGCAGAGACCUGAAAAGAUGUCCUGCUAGAUCCUCGACUGCAGAUCGAUGGAACAGAUUCCCGCCAGAUCCCUUAAGCCAUGCUAUCCUGUCAGGGUAGACGAUUUGUCCAGAAAUGGGCACGACCGUUAGAGACAAAAGGAUAACCGAUUCUGUUGAAUCUCCAAAGUUAUUUUCCUUCGUCCAAACGCAGAAUUGGGGAGGGGGGCACUGAGAUCUAACUAUUUUGAGGGGGGGGGACCCCUUUUACAAAUCUACCCUGUUGCCUUGAAGUAAGAUGUCUUCUCCGUAGUCAAAUAUCGUGGGACAAAUUUCUGGGCAGCCCCAAAAACAGAGGGGUAGUUUGAGCGCGUCAACCAACCGGUACCAACAUAGAAUUUCAACCCGCAUCAACGGUUUUAACUGGUAUGCCUUGAACAGUAGCUAACCUGGUUAGAAAUAGACUGUCCCAAGAGAUCCUUGGAAGGAGGAGGAAGCUGGCAAGUUUGGGAUCGUUCCGUUACUCCACUUGCAAAUUUACACCACCGAAGAGAUUGAACCAAUCUGGGACGGACAACGCCAAGGGCAAGGGGACGGUGCCCGGUUCUCUCGACU